UGGAAGCAGAACGAAUCAAGAAGCGCUUGAUAUGAACAUGAAGGUUGUCUACAGGAGUCUGUCACUUUUACUGGGGUUUUUUUCAGUUCAAAUGAAGGCAAAUGGAACAGAAGUGAACACAGCAGGAUGGGGCACAGCCAAUCAGUCGACAACAUAUAAGAACUUAUAUGCCCAAUAUGCUCUGGAUGGGAAAAACUCCAGCUGUACUCAUACAGACUUACAGAGCAACCCGUGGUGGAAGCUGGACCUGCUGAAGAUGUACAGUGUGAACAGAGUGACCAUCACUAACAGACGCGACUGCUGUAGCAACAGGAUAAAUGGGUCAGAGAUUCGGGUUGGAAACGAUUCUUCAGAUGUUUUUAGCAAUCCAAUAUGUGCUGUAGUUUCUUCUAUUCCAGCAGGAGCUACCUACAGCUACUCGUGUCGUGGGAUGCAGGGACGUUACGUUACUGUGAAUAUUCCUGGAACUUCAAAGAUUCUUACUCUCUGUGAAGUGGGAGUCUAUGUGAUUUUUCCAGAUAAUUUGGCAACAGGAAGAACCGCCAUACAGUCGUCAACCUAUGGCCUCUGGUCUGCUGAACAGGCCAUUGACUUCAGUCCAGGUUUCACAAAAUCAUGGUCAUUGUGUUCCUCAACCACUGCUCAGACUAACCCAUGGUGGAGAGUGGAUCUGUGUUAUAUUUACAGAGUAAGUAGAGUUGUCAUCACAAACAGACUAGACUGUUGUUCAGAACAAAUUAACGGAGCGGAGAUUCGCAUCGGAAACUCUUUGGAGAACAAUGGCAACAACAAUCCCACAUGCGCUGUGAUUUCUAGCAUUCCAGCUGGUGUUUCCUCCACCUACACAUGUAACGGUAUGGAGGGUCGAUACGUGAAUCUGUUCAUUCCUGGAGAGUCAAAGUAUCUUACUCUGUGUGAGGUGGAGGUCUAUGGAGAAGGUCCUGUACUGAAGAAAACCUUUGUGAAGAUGAAACUGAAGUCCAGUUUGAGUCUGUCUGAACCUGAAAUGAGAGUCCAGCUCCUGUCACAGCUUCAGUCUGCUCUGGCAAAACAAGGAAUUUCUGAUGUGACGCUGCAAUGGUCUAAACCGCCAGCUGCUCAACAGGAAGUGAUGUGGAAGGAAGAUGCAUCAGCUCAAUGUGCUGGAGGAAAGAGAGGAUGAUGAUGAUGGGAAAACUCUUGAUCAACUUGUUUAUCAUCUUCCAUUUACAAC